AUGAUUCCGUCGUCGCAGUCAUCCCGUGCGUCCCGGCGAAGUCCGACACCGUGGAACGACAAGAUUGUGGAACUCCAACGUGUCCUUGCCGAACCCGUCGUGGAUCUCUGGAGAUUGCGCGAAUUGGCACUCAGUGAAGGAGGUCUCGUCAAUGACACGAUUCGUCAACGGGCUUGGCCGAAGCUCGUGGGAUUGCACGACCACGGCCCCGACGAGGCGGUGACCCCGACGACUCCCACCCGACCUCCGCCGGCGUCGUCGAGUACUUCCGCCCGCAGUCGCCGGCCUCACGAUACCCCGCCCCGGGUCCCGACGACGACGCUUCGUCCCCCCCGUCCCGGACCAGUCUCCUCCACGCACACACCGUCACGACCCCGGACGGUCCUUCCCGACGACGACUCGGUCGCGUCCGCGGGAUCGCGCUCGCGCUACCGCCUGCCCCCCAUCGUCGCACAAUCCCUCGACGGACCCCAGAUUGAUCUCGACGUGGCACGCUGUACGUGGCAUCUACUCACCGGGACCCAACGGACCCAGCGAUUGCAAAUGGAACACAAACGACACCGCAAAGUGGCUCGACUCAUCAAACGCAAACAACGACGGUUGGCCAAUCUCAUUAAUUACGCACUCGUCCAGUCGUACACGCAAGUCCGGGUGAACGACCCGCAUGCGGAAAAGGAUCCACGCUUGCGCUAUUAUCAAGGGUAUCACGAUGUCGCCUGUAUCUUCUUGUCGACUCUCGGCGGGAGCGUCACGGCCAAUCCGACCACCUCUUUUUCCAACCACCACCACAAUAGGAACCACAACAACGACGGGAUGGAACUACUCGCCGCCAGUAUGGGUCUCCAGCUCCCCGCGGCAGUCUUGCUGCAGAUAUCCAACUCGCAUUUGCGCGAUUGUCUACAGUCCAACUUUCAAACACUACAAACAGCCUUGAGACUUACCCUCAUGCCACUAUUGGCCUACUUCGAUCCAGACCUGCACGCACACUUGUUUGCCGCCGACAUGGAACCCUUCUUUGCCCUCUCCUGGGUCAUUACCUGGUUCGCACACGAAAUCCGCGACACGGGCCUCGUCAAACGACUCUUUGACGUCUUUCUCGUUUCACACGCUCUCAUGCCCGUCUACCUUUCCGUAGCCAUGAUUACCCACCAACUCAAUCGGGAAGAAAUUCUACACACCGAAUGCGACUUUUCGCUUUUACACCAAGCCCUCCGUGGAUUGCCCAAAAAUUCCAGUACCGUGGGUUGGAAGUACCGGCCGGGCGACGGCUACGUCUCCGACGACGAAGCCGAUGAUGACGAAGAUUCCGUCUAUUCCGAAAACGUCGAAACCGAAUUUUUGCUCGUGCAGUCCGACCUGGAACUCCACCAUCGGUACCGGCACAACGUGCCCGGGGAAGCCCAGAGUUCCGUUUCCAGUGCGCUAUCCUGUGCCAGUAUGGAAUCACCAUCACUCGUGCCUUUUCAGGAACUCAUCGACGCCGCCAUUGUCUUGAUGCGCCGCGUACCGCCGCACAAGCUGCCGGCCCUCGCCACGCGCUACUACGGCGCCGACGUGGUCGAAACCAUGAUGCGCGAGGACGUGGGCUUUUUCCAACCCCCACCCCAGUGGGCCGUGGCGUCCCGAGCCCCGGCCGAUUGGGUCCUCCAACAACAACAGGAGCAGCAACAAGCCCGCACCCGACGAGGAUCCAAAUCGACCGCCCGUCGUGACCGACGACGGUCCCAGAGGUCUCGGAGUCGCUCGCGCGACGGACAACCGACGAUAGCGGACGCCGCCCGCUGUGACCCCGAGGACGCCACGGUGAGCCCCAUCGACGAGACGCUACUGGUACAAACGGUACCGCGCGACAAGAUCAACAACGUGGCGGUAAUUGCGGCCGGUCUAGGCCGCGGCGGGGACGAUGAAGAUACGGCGCGUCGUCGGCGGCGCAAGCGGACGCUCUGGGUCGCGGCAGCCGUGGCGGUGGCCGCAGUGGCGGUCGGCGUCGCCCUCCAAUACCGUCAGCAACCGGCGCCCGGUGUCGCGGUACACGAAUCGCCGUACGUGCUACGUAGCAGCGGGGAAGAUGCCAACGCCAUUCGGCCGAGGGCGGAGGACAAUACAAUUGUCACGGAAUUGUCUCGAGUGGAAACCAUUCCGGUACCCGAAAUGAUGGACUCGAACUCUGCCCAAACCGAUCACGUGUUGGUGCAGUCCAUUAUUGAAGAUCCUCCGUUUCCGAAAGGCAUCGUGGCGGAGUCAUGCUUUCGAGACUUGACAAUGGAGGCUCACGACGAAGGGAAUCAGACGUGUGCGUCCAUCCUACCGACACAUAUUCCCGUGUGGGAAUCCGUCCGGGGCGUGACACGGGGGAUUGCCAAGCUCGGUGGUCGCCUGGACAAGAUUUACCAAACGUUGGUGGAAAGCUCAACGCAAAGCCAGUCCCGGUCGGUAACAUACACCGACCCAGUAGGAAAGCUGCCUUCCUUAUUAGGUUUGUCGGCGGCGGUGCAGUCCCGAGCCACUGCGCAGAUAUCGAAAAUGGGAGGCCACCUGGACGACCUGCGCAAGAACUUUCUGGAUCCCAAAGCGCGUCAACUAGCUUUGCUGUUCCGGCAGCGAACCAAUAGUGAGCUGACUCGCCUGAGCGAACGCUUUCGCCAGCGCGGCGUUUCCGGAGCCGUCUCGGUGCACAGCCAUCCGGAAAUCCCGGCGUGGCUGUCGCUGCAAUCGCGGACGCAGGAACACGUGGCGCAGGAAGUGCUCAAAAUUGGGGACAUUUUGCACAAAAUCCUGGAACCCCGUUUGCGUCGGUCCGUCGGAACGAUCGAUUCGGCCGCUGUGGGGAGAAUGUUCGGCGAGUCGGCUGAUCGUAUCCGCGACGUCCUGGGUAGCCUUUCGCCCUUGGUAGAGCGACUGAACAAACCGUGGGAAGAGAGGUCGUGAAAAGUUACAAUCGGGUGUUGCUGACGGUCGGAGCGUGGUGUGGUAGGGAUUUGAUACCAACGACUUUAAUUGUUGCCUAUACGCGUGUACUUUGAACAUCGUU